ACACUACAGUGAAGUGAACUCACCCUAGGACGCCGUUUACUUUCUUUUACUCCCUCUCUCUCACUUUGGCUGUUAUCGACGCGAUCCGUUUGGCAAUUGAAGGCUAAAAUAUACUGAGAUUUCCAUCUCUAUCUCUAUAUAGCCACCCACCGCCAUUGAUUUGAUUCGCCAUUGAAGCUUUCGUUCAGAAAUUUGGGAAUUCACAGUGCCUGUUGUUCUCUCACUCUUAUAAAUCGAGAGAUGAGAACCAGAGGAGUUAUUAGUGAUAAAUGGUCCAUGAGGAUUCUCUGGUGCUGUGCAAUUGGAAGUGCAGUUGGCUUUUAUAUGGUUGCUGUAGAAAGACAAACACAGAAUAGGAACCGGAUGAUGGCUGAAGCUAUGAGGGAAAUGGAAUCGGGUGCAGACACUGGCGAUGAAGUUUAAAUGCGGACUAGUCUAAAUUUCAAUAUGUUACUUAUGGUUUCUUUUUUCUAUGCUUCCUGUGAAUGCAACAGGUCCUUUGUGUAGGUUUACGAGUCUGUUGAAUUUGGACAUUCACAAUUAUGGAUGCCUUUGAAAAUUUUAUUUCAGUUUAAUAAUAUUUAUGUUGUGCC